AUGGCCUCUCUGACAGCAUCCCAGUAUGCAUCUGCUAGUUUAUCGACCCCAAUCACGGGUACGGUGCACGCCUGCCAGCAACUGAUCGAGAUCGCUAACGGAGCAUCGAACGUGUGCAGCCGUGACAUGUUCAACAAGUGGGAGGCGCAGCGGUGGUGGGGGGAGAACUACGACCGCGUGGUGGAGCUCUACAGCGUGCAGACAUUCAGCCGGCAGCAGGGCAUCUCGACGCCGACGUCCUCCAUCGACGACGCCACUCAGAGAGACUCGUCGUUCUACUCCCGCGCCGGCUCGACGAGGGAGAGCCCGGUGAUCCUGCCGCCGACGGCAGCGGUGGGCAGGGAGCAGCCGAUCGUCCGCGCCACUUCGUGCAGGGCCAUGGCGGCGGCUUCCACGGCCCGAGCUGCGUGCAACCAGUCGUCCAGUGCCGUGCCGGACCCGUCGGACCACGUGUGGGCGCACCACUUCAACCUGCUCAACUCCGCGCCGGCGCCGCCGGCUGCUCCGCACCUGGACCCGUCGCGCGCUACCACGUCGUCCCUGGACGAGGCGUCCGUGUCCGUGAGCAACGCGAGCGACCUGGAGGCCACGGAGUGGGUGGAGCAGGACGAGCCCGGCUUCAGACGGGAGAGGUUCGGCGAGGAUAGGGCCAAGGUGUGGUGGGAGCAGAACAGAGACCGAAUACACGCGCAGUACCUGUGA